AUGACGCAUAGCAACAUUGUUAAUGGAUUUGCGGCAACAGGAUUAUUCCCGUUUAAUCCUGAAGCUAUACCUGAGAAUAUAUGGGUAUAUGCCCCAUCAGUUUUGUCUGAAAUUGCAUGCCCACAAAUUAGCGUGGAGCCCAUACAAAGUCCUUUAUCUGACGUCAUAUUGAACGAUGACACUGAUGACGAUCUAUCGAUAUGUGAUAAGCUCCUGCAGAACUCUACAUCUAAUGUAUUAGAGACAGAUGAAUACCCUGUUCUUAAUAAACCGACCGAAAGCGAUUUGGUACGUAACUUCAAGAACUGA